CUAGGAAAGAUUAUUAAAUACAGGGUUAUCAUUACUACGAAGGCAAGUAAUAAUAAUAUUCAAAAACAUUGGAAGAGAGACAGUUUAUAUCGGACUUCGCAAUCACCCAAUUACUUAAUUAAAAUAAUAUCUGCCAUCAGUAUCGAGGGAGAUAUAAAGAGAACCCUAUUUAUAAUUCAUAAUAAAAAGUUAUAAAAAUAUAAUGUAUGUAGUACGUAUAGGUAUAUUGAUAUAUCAGCGAACCGAUGUAUGAACACAGUUCAUAAUUAUAUUCUUUUAUGGAUAACAACCAUAGUUACCAUGGCAACGAGUUCAUGACGACAUCGAAUAGUCAAAGUUGACGAAUCUGUAAAAUGAUCUGGAAUAUAAAUAAAAUUUAAACAUUACGUUUUUAUUGAAUAUACUUAGUGAUAUUCUCGAGUAAAAAAUAUUAAAAAUACAUUGGGCGAAGUUAAUUAGCAAUGGACAACGACGUCAGUAACUACACAGUCGAAGGGCGUAUCGGAGAGGGUGCCCAUGGCUUAGUAUUUAAAGCGAGACAUAAUCCUACAGGACGUGAAGUGGCACUUAAAAAGAUCCUUAUAAAGAACUUGGAAGAUGGCAUUCCAGUAAAUGUAAUGAGGGAGAUAAAGGCUCUGCAGUUGCUUCGUUGUAAAUACAUAAUCAAACUGUACAACAUGUUUCCUCGAGGAAUGAGCUUGGUGCUAGUGUUGGAGUACAUGUCCUCAGGGUUGUGGGAAAUGCUGCACCACAAUCGGCAAGAACUCACCUUACCACGUGUAAAGACAUACGCGCUCAUGUUAUUGAAGGGGACGCGGUACAUGCAUGCGCAUUACGUUAUGCACAGGGACUUGAAACCUGCAAAUCUAUUGAUAAAUCACGAGGGGAUAUUAAAAAUCGCUGAUUUAGGCCUAGCAAGGCUUUAUUGGCCAGAGGGUGGUAGACCGUAUUCUCACCAAGUAGCUACACGAUGGUAUCGAGCGCCCGAAUUAUUGUACGGAGCCAGAUAUUACACAGAAAAGGUAGACUUGUGGUCGGUUGGUUGUAUCAUAGCCGAAAUGAUCACUAAGCAGCCACUCUUUGCGGGCGAAUCGGAUAUCGAGCAGUUGGCUAUAGUCCUGCAGCAUCUCGGCACUCCAACAGAAGAGACGUGGCCUAAACACACAGAGCUACCAGACUUCCAUAAAAUUACGUUCCCUGAUUCGACACCCACGCCUUGGCCAGAACUUCUGCCAGGCGUGGAAAUGGACGCGGUCAAUCUUGUCAAGUCAUUCAUUAUGUACGAUGCUGAUGGAAGGAUAUCAGCAAAAGACGCCGUAAAACACCAGUGGUUCGUGAACAAGCCUACUCCAGCCACAUUAGACGACAUGCCGAAACCUAAACCCAAAUAAAUAAUCCAUUCGUUGAAA